CUGCGCGCUGGGACAGACCGCGAGCGAGAGCGACCUCGAGCAUCACCCGCGCCCCCCGCUCCGCCUCGGGAAGGACCUCGACAGAAGGACGCCCGCAGCCUCUCGCCGCCCGGCCCUCGCCUCCGCGCCGCCCGACCCCGCCGCGGUCCGCCCGCUGCGCACCGGUGUGCUGGCGUCUUUGCUUCCGCGCUCGCCGGGACUCCUGCGCGCCACCAUGAGCUCCCGCACGGCCAGGACGCUCUUCACCGCCGUCACCCUCCUCCAGUUUGCCCGGCUGGCGCUCUCCUGCCCCGCCGCCUGCGACUGCCCCCUGGAGGCGCCCAAGUGCGCCCCGGGAGUCGGGCUGGUCCGGGACGGCUGUGGCUGCUGCAAGGUCUGCGCCAAGCAGCUCAACGAGGACUGCAGCAAAAUGCAGCCCUGCGACCACACCAAGGGGCUGGAAUGCAACUUCGGCGCCAGCUCCACCGCUCUGAAGGGGAUCUGCAGAGCUCAGUCAGAGGGCAGACCCUGCGAAUAUAACUCCAGAAUCUACCAGAAUGGGGAAAGUUUCCAGCCCAACUGUAAACAUCAGUGCACAUGUAUCGACGGCGCCGUGGGCUGCAUUCCUCUGUGUCCCCAAGAACUUUCUCUCCCCAACUUGGGCUGUCCCAACCCCCGACUGGUCAAAGUUAACGGGCAGUGCUGUGAGGAGUGGAUCUGUGACGAGGAUGGUGCCAAGGACCCCCUGGAGGACAGGGACGACCUCCUGGGCAAGGGGCCCACAUUCGAUGCCUCGGAGGUGGAGUUAACGAGAAACAACGAGUUAAUUGCAUUUGGAAAAGGUGGCUUCCUGAAGCGGCUCCCUGCUUUUGGACAGGGCCCUCGCAUCCUAUACAACCCUUCUCUCCACGGCCAGAAAUGUAUCGUCCAAACAACUUCAUGGUCUCAGUGCUCUAAGACCUGUGGAACUGGUAUCUCCACACGAGUUACCAAUGACAACCCUGAAUGCCGCCUGGUGAAAGAAACCCGGAUCUGUGAGGUGCGGCCUUGUGGACAGCCGAUGUACAGCAGCCUGAAAAAGGGCAAGAAAUGCAGCAAGACCAAGAAAUCCCCGGAACCGGUCAAGUUUACUUAUGCCGGAUGUUCAAGUGUGAAGAAAUACCGGCCCAAGUACUGCGGUUCCUGCGUGGAUGGCCGGUGCUGCACGCCCCAGCAGACCAGGACGGUGAAGAUGCGCUUCCGUUGUGAAGACGGGGAGAUGUUCUCCAAGAACGUCAUGAUGAUCCAGUCCUGCAAGUGCAACUACAACUGCCCGCAUGCCAGUGAGGCCGCGUUUCCCUUCUACAGGCUGUUCAAUGACAUUCACAAAUUUAGGGACUAAAUGCCACCUGGGUUUCCAGCACAAGGGUGGACAGAAGGGGGAGAAGAGUGCCGGAAUCAUGGAGGCAUGGGUGGGGGCGGUGGGGGUGAAGGGACUCAUUGUAGAAGGGAUGCAUUUGCUCAUUCUUGAGUAGUAUUAAGGUAUUUUGAAACUGCCAGGUGUGCUGGUGCAGAUGGACUCUAAUGCAGCCGCAAUUGGAGAAUACUUUGCUUCAUAAUAUUGGAGCACAUGUUACUGCUUCAUUUUGGAGCUUGAGGUGUCGAUGACGUUCUGUUUUCUGUUUGUAAAUUAUUUGGUAAGCGUAUUUUUCUCUAGGCUUCUUUCCUUUCGGUUCUGCGAUUGUAAGAUAGUAAGAUUAGUUGGACAGUUAAAGCCUUCAUCCUUUGACAGAAGUACACGGGAGGGGGUUCCAUUCCUUCCUGAAGGUGACACUCUGUGAGUGUCCGUGAGAGGCAGCUAUCUGCACUCUAAACUGCAAACAGAAAUCAGGUGUUUUUAAAACUGAAUGUUUUUAUUUAUCAAAAUGUAGCUUUCGGGGAGGGCGGGGAAAUGUAAUACUGGAAUAAUUUGUAAAUGAUUUUAAUUUUAUAUUCAGUGAAAAGAAUUUAUUUAUGGAAUUAAUCAUUUAAUAAAGAAAUAUUUACCUAAUAUCUGAGUGUAUGGCAUUCCAUAUUUUUAGAGAUUGUCCAAAGUCAUUGGAAGCAAUCUAGCUUAUCCACUCAGUCAUUCAAACCGGAUUUAGUGAGUGUCUGCUUUGUGCCAGGAUAUGUUCUAGUGCUUGGGAUAGAACAGGGAAAUGACCUACAAAAAUAAAACAAUGAUUGCUUUUAUAUCUUCAGUAGAGAAAGAUCGUUGCAUUUAAAAUAAUCUGCAUAAAAAAACAUGUAUUGAAUACCAGGCAUUGUAAGAAGUACAAGAAGGAAUCCAAAGCCAACUUUGUGACUUAAAUAAUAAUGCAUUGUUUUUAUAAGAAAUCAAAGCCCAGGGGUCUCCCUCACCCAGUCACUGUGAGGUGGGUACAGUAAUUUAUCAUUUUAAUCACCAGGUUAUUGUGCAUGUCACUUCAGGAGAGAGAAACUUUAAUGAAAGCAGUCCAUAGCUUGUACAUAUCUACACUUGGGUAAGAUUAAGUCUGGUUGGAUAAUGUGUUAUAAAAGAUGGCUUGUUUAUAACUUCAUAUUUCACCAAUAUUGUUUCAAAAACUACUUAAAAAUUCGCCUUCGGUUGGGAUCAGAGGGAAAAAAAAAAACUUUGAGUCUAUAGGAGUCCGUUUGUUUUCAUUGAAUAAGCUCGAAGCAAUGACUUGUGCUAAUCCUAA